CCUCUGUUCCCGCCGCCGCUCGGGUCCCGCAGCCCAGGGCGCAGCGUCCAGCACAGAUAUGAACUUUGAGGACAUGGCCAUUCCCUUCUCUCAGGAGGAGUGGGGGCUCCUUGAUGAGGCUCAGAGACUUCUGUACUGCGAUGUGAUGCUGGAAGUGUUUGCAGUGGUAUCAUCUGUAGGUUGUUGGCAUAAAACAGAUGAUGUGGAGGCCUGUUCUGAGCAGAAUGCAUCCAUAGAAGGAGAGUCACUGGUCCGUGCUUCUAAGACAGCACCAACAACCCAGAAGAGCCAUCUUUGUGGGAGGUGUUUCUCUGUGCUAAAAGAUAUUCUGCACCUGACUGAGUCACAAGCAGCAGUCUUUGAGCAGAAAGCCUUCUUCAGUGAUGCAUGUGUGAGAGACUUGUGUUUCAGUGCAAACUCUCACCAGCAACAGAGGGAAGUCAGUGGAGAGAAGCCCUGGAAAGAAGCUGUGGACAGGGCCUCAUUUGUGAACUGGUGCAGCUUCUACUUACCAGGUCUGCCUUCAGCCAGUAGGGAGGUUGGGGAAGACUUCACAGCCAUCUCAGAGCUUCUCCAGAACCAGGCCACUCUCAGAACUGAGGAGCCAUACAGGGGCAGUGAGAUUUCACAGGAAUUACUCAAUAGAAACCGGCAUCAGCAAUGGAAUAAAUGUGAAAAAGCUGCCAGCCACAAACAGAAUCUUGUUCAAGAUCAGGGUGUCUGCUCUGGAGAAGUGAAAUAUGAGUGCAAUAUAUGUGGGAAAGUUUUCAGAUGUAUCUUUAAGCUCAAUCGACAUAGGAGAGUUCACACUGGAGAAAAGUCCUAUCAGUGUACUGACCAUGGAAUGUCCUUCCAUCAGUCUUCCCUCACUGAACACCACAGAGUUCACACUGGAGAAAAACCCUACAAAUGUGUUGAAUGUGGACAGUCAUUUAGACGCAGUUACCACCUUUUUAUACAUGAGAGAGUUCACACUGGAGAAAAGCCCCAUCAAUGUAGUGAUUGUGGGAAAUGCUUCAGUUAUAGCUCUUACCUUAUUAGACACCACAGAGUUCACACUGGAGAAAAACCUUAUGAGUGUAGUUACUGUGGGAAGUCGUUCAGGCAAAUCUCUACUCUCAAUAACCACCAGAGAGUUCACACUGGAGAAAAACCAUAUGAGUGUAGUGAAUGUGGGAAGUCAUUCAAGGAUGUCUCUAGUCUCAAUAAACAUCAGAGAGUUCACACUGUGUAGAAGAGCUCAGGAGAUUUAUCUCAGUGCUUCGGCAGAUGCAAUGGCGUGAGCACACUCUGCCUGCACAAGCUUCCUCGGCACACCAAGAAGUGGCAUUGCCCACCUGAGCUGACCUCCUAGAGCCACUACAUAGUACCCUGAUCUUUCCUACUAUUGGUUGCCCUAUGGAUGUUGUAAACUUCUGAUUGGUCUGGGAUGUUAUAUAUACUGCUGCACUCACACAAUAAAGUGGGAUCUGCGUCACUGAACCGGUCCCCGGAGUCAGGCAUGCUUUGUUAGGCUCCGUUCGGCCUCACCCCCGCGGGACCCCCUGCUUCAUUCUGGCGCUGUGAACAGGGACCCCGGAGAAAAAAGAAAAAAAGUCAAGAAAGUCGGC